ACACACACAAGAGUCGCACACAACGCCAAAAUAUCGACGGAUUCCUCCCGUACGAAGAGAGCUCUGCCGUUUUUGUCUCUUUGUUAUACGCGUACGACGAGAAAAGUAUAACUGCUAUUUUGAAAUAAAAUUAUAUACAUUAUCACGAAUUUAUAGGUUCGAAUUGUGCAUUUUUUUUGCUAUCUAACAUGAAGAGAUACGCAAUUUAUACACUCGAGAAUUGUUAUCAGAAUAAUUGCUAAAUUCUUAGAGUUUACUUCGGUUUUUCUACGAAAAUUUAGUUUUAACGAGUCUCUGUUCACUCUUCGAUUCUUUCUACAUACACUCGGGGUGUGAUUUACACCGAAUUUUUAGAAAAAAAAAAAAAAAAAUGCCAGACAACGCAACUACGGAAAAGGACAAGCACAUGAAGCAACUCAAACGAAGAAUGGAGUGCUGGCGGGAAAUAGUGCUCCACAUUAAUUCUAUCUUGCUGUGGGAAAAAUCCUGGUACCCUGGCCUUAUCCUGGGUCUCACCACUUCGAUAGCUCUUUUUGUCUGGAUUUUGGAACCAGCGUUCCUGACGAUUAUUGCUCUGUGUCUAGCAACAUGUGCUCUAAUCGAUUAUCUUGUACCCAUUGUCGCUCCAAAAUUUGUUUCGUCAAGCGCUUGGAAUGGCCAGAAAGAACGAAAAUUUGAUGAAAUAUGUCAGACUCUUUCCGCAGCUAUUCUGUAUAUGGAUAAAGAGUGGAAGUUUCUUCUGAAUGCUCGAAAUAAUCGGCCCCACACUUACUACUGGACUAUAACUAUAUGCUUGCUUAUACUUGCUUGGAUCGGAAAUACUGUGAACAAUCUUCUUUUGAUUUAUUUGACGGUUAACUGCAUUCUUUUGAUACCAGGACUUCAUCACAAGUGUGGAGGCGAGAACGCUGUGAUGUAUGUUAUCAAUAACAUGAUGCGCCGCAAAAUGUCGUAAUGAACCAACAAAUCAUUCGAAUUCAUCUCACAAAUAAUAUUACCUCGUUUCCUCUCGGUUUCAAAGCCUUCAUGACAUUUAAACUCCAUUAAAAUCCACCGAAUUCAUCGCGUCGACUCUAUGAAAGUCUUAAAGUCCUUUUUUUUAAUACUCAUAACAAAGACGUGUACUUAUGAUAAACUGUUGUGACGUCGCCAUUGAUGUUGAAGCACUCGAUGUAUUUAAGCUGAUCUCACAUAAUAUCAUUUUUUAAAUUCUUCGCAAUUUAUUAAAUUAUUCGUGCUUUUUCAAAUGUGUUUUUCUAAUGACUGUCUAUUUUCUGACUCUGCGACAACGAUGGCAGAUCUUUAACGCUGUGAAAUUGAAAAAUAUGAUUAUUCAACAACGUAUUAGCCAAAAAAAAAUCAACCAUGAGCGAAUGUGUGUGCAUGUAUAAAUGAAUUUUUCUUUCUUUUUCUAAUAUUUAUAUAUACGAACGUGUUCUACUUCCGAUGAAGGUUAAAUUUCCUUAUGUAUGUCGAACUCAACUCGUACUAUUUGAAAAUUUGUAUUUUCUGUAGAGCCACUACAAAAUAAAUCGCAAAAAGUAAAUAUAUAUAUAUACGGAGAAAGCUUUCGUGUAAAGGAGAUUGGUAACCUGAAUUUGUAUCAGCCCCUAUGCUGAGGGGAGCUACAUUAUUCGUGAGUUAGCGAAAAUUUUUCGAAUUACUCGACAAACUUAGUUCUUGGCUGUCCGAACUCUCUUUGGAAUUGUGAAUAAUGAACCAAAGAUUUAAAUUUAAAGAAAAAGUGUUAAAUUCAUUAUAUUUUGGACCUCUACAACAGGGAUUAAAAAACACAUUUUAUGCAGUAA